AGGGAUAGGAUUAGACAUCAGCAUGGGCAGAAUCAUCUUCUAUGAGGACAGAAACUUCCAAGGUCGCUCCUAUGAAACCAGCAGCGACUGCGCCGAGUUGACCUCCUUCCUGAGCCGCUGCAACUCAUGCCGGGUGGAGAGCGGUUGCUUCAUGGUCUAUGAGCGCUCUAAUUUUAUAGGCCACCAGGUGCUGGUCCGCAGAGGAGAGUACCCCGACAACCAGCGCCUUAUGGGAAUCAGCAUGAGCGACUGCAUCCGUUCCUGCCGUAUGAUCCCCAUGCACCGAGGUCCAUUCAGGAUGAAGAUAUUUGAGAGAGAGAAUUUUGGAGGCCAGAUGAACGAGUUGCUUGAUGAUUGCGACAACAUCCUGGACACCCUGCGCAUGUCAGACUGCCUGUCUGCUCAGGUGUUGGAGGGCCACUGGCUGCUGUAUGAGCAGCCCCAAUUCAGGGGCAGAAUGCUAUACCUUAGACCAGGGGAGUACAGGAGCGUGAGAGAAAUGGGGACGGGUCCGGUUGACAUGAGGAUUGCGUCUAUCAGACGCAUCAUGGAAACAUGUUAAGAGGCUCCUACUUUGAAAAUGUAACAAUUCAUAUCAAUAAAUGGUUCAUAACUUAUAA